CAGGACGCAGGACAGAUGGGACAGCAGGCCACUCUGCAGCUACUGCACAGCACCCUGACCGGCUCACCGUAGAGCGCUCCAGCCCAGCUACGGAACAAAAAAGAGAGAAAGCAAAAGGAAGAAAGAAAGACAGAGGUACACUGCUUUACUGGUACGAGACGCCCUUUUUACCUCCCUGGCACACAUUACUUCAGAGAAACUGGAGUAUUCAGGCUGGGACAGAAGUUUGUGGAAAAACGUUUAGAGGAUGCAGGACAGGAGCUGGAAUGACACACUCCCCCUCUCUGUGCUACUAAAAGAGAGACGCCCCCCAGGGGCUGCAUCUCUGGAGGGGGAUGGGGGUGUAUUUUCAGAGGCGUCCUCAGAUGGUGAAGUUUACCUGGACUCCCUAGUGGAGUUUGAGGCAGGGGAUGGGGACUUUCCAGAACUCUCUGCUUUCCUAAGCCAGGACGAGAUUAACCGCAGUCUGGACCUGGCUCGAGAGGCUAUGAGCGAUACAAGUGACCCCUGUGAUCUCACUGAACCCCCAGUCCAUGCCACCCUCCCCAAAGCACGUGAUCAGGAUCUUUGCUUCCCAUCAUCUUCCAUUAACCCACCCCCACAGCCCCCAACCGCAACAGAGCAUCAGCCUGUCCACCCAGAGACCAAAGGUACGAUGCUUCCAGUUCCGGUAGUGACGCCAACAUCAAGUUCGGCCGAAGUUGCAUCGGUUAAAGUCACUUCUAGUCAGAGCGUUCAGCUCAGCAGGCCCACACAGGCUUGUGCAGUUCCUGGAUCCCCGGCCUCACCUGAUAAGUUUGUCUGCCACAAGUCCGUCAUGCCCAUGUACAAGCAAGAGCGCCCACGUCUUGUCCAUGGAGGUCUGGAGGUCAACGAGCGGGCAGCUUCUGCCACCGAAUUCUGCACCCGGGCUGCCACCUUCAUUGAGGAGCUCUCCUCCAUCUUCAAAGGGUCUAGAAGCUUGGAACGCCAAGGAGAAGAGGACUCCUCCUCACCUGACAGCGGUUACCUGUCCCCAAGGAGCCAUCGCUUGGCAGCGCAGCAGGCUCAGUCUUCUUCCUCGUCCUCAUCCUUUUCAUCAGGGCUCCAGCAGGAGGCAGCUCUUAGAGGCCAAGCGGGAAUGGAUUCAAGCAUAGCAGGGAGUGAGCAUCAAGGUGGUGGGGUCAGUGUGGAUGGGCCAAUGGCUCCUCCACGGUUCACCCAGAAGCUGAAGAGCCAGGAGGUGGCGGAGGGGAGUCCUAUUCGCCUGGAAUGCAGGGUGAUAGGUAACCCCCAGCCUCUAGUCAGGUGGUUCUGCGAAGGGCGGGAGCUGCACCACUGUCCUGAUAUUCAAAUUUGUCGGGAUGGUGACCUGCACACGUUGGUGAUUGCUGAGGCUUUUGAGGACGACACAGGCAGGUACACCUGCGUAGCCUCCAACUCUCUGGGAGCAGACAACACCUCUGCCGAGGUCUACAUAGAAGGAGCCUCCUCUUCAGACUCAGACGGGGAAGGAUCAGUGCCCAGAUCUAAGUCAGGAGCCAUGCCACAGGUUCAGAAGAAAACAGCCUCAGUUUCCCUGACCAUUUGCUCUUCAUCACCCAAAAGCCCAGAGAAACCAUCCCACCGCUCUACACUGCUUCAGCCCCUGUCUGCUCCUCCACAGAGAGUUCAGAGUCCAGUGUCCUCACAAUAUGCCGGUGAUGGACUUCUAACAGCGCCCCCUAUCUUCACCAAGUUGUUGCAGGAUGCACAGGCAUCUGAAGGUCAGGUGGUGGUUCUGGAGUGCAGGGUGAAAGGUAGCCCCCCGGUGCAAGUCCAGUGGUUCCGGCAGGGUCAGGAAAUCCAGGACUCCCCUGACUUUCGCAUCCUGCAGAAAAAGCCGAGAUCUGCAGCAGAACCUGAGGAGAUCUGCACACUGGUCAUAGCAGAAGCUUUCCCUGAAGAUGGAGGCCUGUUCUGCUGCACUGCUACAAACCAGUACGGCUCUGUCAACUGUACCGCUCAGCUCACCGUCACACCAGUGGCCGAGGAGGCGUCUAGCAACGGCGUGUCCGGAGACGACAGUGUGUUUGAGGACAACCAAUCAUUUCCACCCCCUCCUCCACCCACUGAGAUCAGCCUGCUUGAAGUCCCACCCAAGACCCCACCCAGCGCUGAGGCCUUCCAGAUCAAUGAGCUGGACAUCUGGCCUAGUGUCACAGCGACGCCUGUUCAGGUGGCCGCAGGUACCGAGCACGAGCAGAAUGGAACUUUUCCCAGCAGCCACGCUCCAACCAGGUUGAACAAGGAAAGCCCUCUAUCACCAGUGAAUGUGAAAGAAGCAGCGCUCCCAACAGGAGAAACUACUCCACCUACAUCUCCAUCUCCAACCAAAGAGGGCCCUCCAAUUCCCACCAAGCCCAAACCCAAACUAAACGCCGAACAGCUGAAGCAGCUCCAUGAUCAGGUCCUAUUAGAGCAGCAGGAAGUGGCUAAGUGUCAGCAACAACAGCAGCAGCUUGAGCAGGAAGCACCACCCCCUUCUCAGCAGGAGCCCCAAGAAGGCCCGCCCCCAUCUCCGCCUCUUCCCCCUCCCCCAUCUUUCCAGGAGCUGGAGCGCAGCACCAUGCAGACCAGUACGUUCAAUUAUGCUCGGCCCAAGCAGUUUAUCGCCGCCCAGAGUCCCAGCAGCGGCGGGCCAGUGGGUUAUUCCACGCAAUCCUCCACCUCCUCCAGCUCCAGCCUGACCUCUCCGCUCUCGCCCUCCACGCCCCACAAGCCUUUCAGCCGUGUCUCCCUGCCACCCUUCCAGCCACAGCCUAAAGGGGGCAGUCUGGAGUCGCCUGUUUCUCCGUCAUUUCCGCCCCCUCCACCUCCCUUCUACAGCUCCAGUAAUGUCUCCUCCCCCUCUGGCCCACCCCAGGACUUCCCCCCUCCCCCUCCGCCACCACCACCACCUGUCAGCGCCAGCCCCACCCGCUCUGAUAGCUCCUCCCCCUUCACCUCUGUGCCCCCGUCGCCCGCAGGGUUUUUGGUCUCCGUGCUACCAGCCACGCCCUCCACCCCACCAGUCAACGCCCUAGGACUUCCCAAAGGCAAUGGCACAGUUGGGUUCCCACGGAAGACUGGCCGCACCCCACGGAUUGUUUCUGACUCUGAGAUCCAGGGCUCCAAAGAUGCUGUCAUCCAAGACCUGGAGAGGAAGCUGCGCUUCAAAGAGGAACGCCUCAGUAACGGCCAGCAGAGGUUAACCUAUGAGGAGAAGAUGGCUCGAAGGCUGCUGGGCGCGGACAGCGCCGCCACAGUAUUUAACACGCAGCAGACAGAGGAGGAGCCAGCCACACAGGAAAGCAGCUCAACUGACUCAGAGUCUGUCCCUCAAAAGGAGUACAAGGUAUCAAGCUUUGAGCAGCGCCUGAUCAGCGAGAUUGAGUUCCGACUGGAGCGUUCUCCGGUGGAGGAGAGUGAUGAUGAUGUUCAGCAUGAUGAAGACGCUACAGGAGAGUGUGUGGCUCCGUUCUUCGACCAGAAACUCAAGCACUACAAAGUGUUCGAGGGCAUGCCAGUCACCUUCAGCUGCAAGGUCAUCGGAGACCCUAAGCCAAAGGUGUACUGGUUUAAAGAUGGUAAGCAGAUUUCGAAGAGGAGCGAACACUACCGCAUCAGUCGCGAUCCAGACGGAACGUGCUCUCUACACACAGCCGCCUCCUCAUUGGAUGACGACGGCAACUACACCAUCAUGGCUGGCAAUCCUGCGGGGAGGGUGAGCUGCACUGGUAGAAUGAUGGUGCAGGCGGUGAACCAGAGGGGGCGGAGCCAGCGUUCCACACCUGGCCACAUCCGCAGACCCCGCUCUAGGUCCAGGGACAGUGGGGAGGAGAACGAGAACAUUCAGGAGCGUCACUUCCGCCCCCACUUUUUGCAGGCCCCUGGUGACCUCAUUGUGCAGGAAGGCAAGCUCUGCCGCAUGGACUGCAAGGUAAGUGGUCUGCCUACUCCUGAUCUGAUCUGGCAGCUGAAUGGUCAGACCAUCCGCCCAGACUCCGCCCACAAGAUGCUAGUGAGAGAGAAUGGAAUCCACUCAUUGGUCAUUGAGCCGGUCACCAGCAGAGACGCAGGAGUGUAUACAUGCAUCGCCAGCAACAGGGCCGGACAGAACUCCUUCAGCCUGGAGCUGAUUGUUGCUGCUAAAGAGAUGCACAAAACACCCACCUUCAUCGAGAAGCUCCAGAACACGGGCGUUGCAGAGGGUUACCCUGUCCGUUUGGAAUGCCGCGUGGCUGGAGUCCCGUUCCCUCAGAUUUUCUGGAAGAAAGAGAACGAGUCCUUCACUCACAACACAGACAGAAUAAGUAUGCACCAGGACAACUUUGGAUACCUGUGCAUGAUCAUCCAGCCAGCUUUGAAGGAGGAUGCAGGCUGGUACACUGUCUCAGCCAAGAAUGAAGCAGGCAUUGUCUCUAGCACAGCACGACUUGAUGUACACACCCAAUGGCAACAGCCAAACACCCCUAAGCCAAAAAAGGUGCGUCCGUCGACCAGCCGCUACGCUGCCCUGACAGAGCGAGGUCUGGAUGUGAAGGCGGCCUUUUUCCCCGACUCCAGCCCCCUUCCCCCCGGCACCCUGGUGGAGAGCGAUGACCUGUAGACGCGGCCUUUGGCCUAAUCCAUGAACCCUGAAUUUUUGACCCUAGUGCCACUGUCCCAAACUCAAUGCCACCAACUCCUAUACCAGAGGAACCUAAGCCUGUUGGAAGAUCAGCCGAAGAAGAAAAGAAUCAAAGCCUAUUAAUAGAUUGGUUUGGAAGCUCCUGUUUUACUCCACAGGAGAAGAAAACCACAUCUUCUUUGCUUUUUUUUAUUUUAAUUUUUUUUGUCUUUCCUGAUGGUCAGUGGGAGUGUGAUGGGUGCUGCAAUGAAGUCAACAUCCUGCUUUUAAAUUGACUUCUGGGGCUUUUCUCAGUCUGCACACUUACACAAUCGGUUCAAGUUGAUUUGAGGGAGGAGGUACUGUACCCAUGAUGACCUUGUUCUGCCAUCGCUGGAUUAUUUCACAAGUGCCUGAGAGAUGAUUAACCAUAUCAGAAUGCUUAAGCAAAAAAAUAAAAAAUAAAUAAAUAAAACAAAAAAAAUUAUUAAUUUUAAGUAAAGUAGCUUCUAGUUCUGCAUGUGUUACAAUGGUGCCAACAUUUGAUACUUUCAUGGUAUUUACUCAGUGCCUUAGUCUGUAUUUAUAAGCUGCUGGAAGAGGUCUGUUCAUUUCUAGCAGAGAGAAAAUGAUUAGUGGGCAACAAGACAAGUGUUUUUAGAGGUGGGAUUGACUCACAUAGUGCUGGGGAUACAUCCAAACUUGGAUCGGACUGAUAGUUGCAGGGCUUUAGGGAUCUGUUGAGGGAAUUCGUAGUGGACUUUUGUAUGUGAACUGCAGCAGCGUAGAUGUAGACAGACUGAGCACGCUAGCACAAAUAUCCACCAAGUCUGGAUUUAGAGGUAGCACUAUGCUAUAGAUAUUGCACAAGGCCGGGCCUUAUUUUUUCCCCCCUUUUUCUUUUUCUUUCUUUCUUGCAUUUGAUCACAAGGGAGUCGAAACUGAGGUAUUGUUGAAGUGAGUUUGAGAUUGAAGCUAUGAUGUUGAAUGGGGGUUUUGAAUGACCGAAUUUUUCUCUGCGUUUCCACAGACGAGCAAAAGCCAGGUGGAAGAAGCCUGUGAGGAAAGGCAGGGUGGUUUUUGAAUGCUUGUGGGCGGGGCUAGUUGAGGAAAGCGUGAACAGGAUUGGCUCUGGCAAAGAGAUUAUUUUGCGACGUGGUGUCACAUGACAAAAGGUGUUUGGUUAUUAAGAUUUCAAACUAGAAAUUAGCAGCGAUGAUGAUGAGAUGAAGCAUACACUUCUGUUUUGAGGUUUGGAAUCACAUGCAGACACAGCAAGUUAUAGCGAUGGCAGAAGUGUGUUUACCACUUGCAUACGACUGUAUGCUUUUUCAUAAGAGGAAGAAGGAAGACAGUGGAGUGCAGUUAGUUACAGACUCAUUAAAUUAUAUUAGUGAUUUUCUCUCUUGGCUUUAUGGCCAAAUUCAAGCCUAGUCUAUUUAAACUGGCAAACUAUGUACUGCCAUCACAAAUCAUUUAAACCUAUUUAGAUCUCUUUCUUUAAUAGUAAUAAUUAAUAUAUAUACACAUAUGCAACUCUGGUACUUGUAAUACAACAAAUUAGACAGUUUCUUGGACAGUUGGAUUCAUAUAAACAUCGCACAACAUUAAAGCUUGCAACUUAUUUUGAUAAUGUAUCCAAACAUACAACUACAUAUUUACUCACACAACUCCUUGUGAUAUCUUUUUACAUUUUUCUGCAGUUACCUCUGUCUCAGCACAAAAGCAUAAGGGGACUCAUGAUGAAAGAUUUUUUUUUUUUUUUUUUUUUUGCUUUCCCUUCCUUUCCAAGCCAAUCUGUGCCUGUAUAUUGAAUGUUCUCUCUAUUUUGGUUUAUGAACAACAAUAUAAAUAAAAGUCUCUGGAAGUACUAA